ACCGUAGAAAAUACGUAAAAGAGAGUCUUGCAGUAAAAAAUCCAGAUCCAUAAUACUGACCCUCAUACAAACCCGUUUCAAACCCAACCCGUUCUCUCCCAAACUUUUGCUUUCACAAACCAAACUCAUCGCUCUUUCCUUCUUGAUCCUGCAAAUUCGAAUUGUUCAAUCACUCCAUAGUUCUUGCUCUGAAGGCGAACAAGGAAGCUUCAUAUCUCUAUCAUAACCUACACAGAGCGCUGAAAUCGCUCCUCUUCCGCCAUGGCCAUGGCUAUGCAAAGUGGAAUCGGGAUCUCCAAGAUCCUAUUCAUCGCCGGAGCUGGUUACACCGGUACAAUCCUAAUCAAAAACGGAAAACUAUCGGAUAUCAUUGGUGAACUCCAGUCACUGGUGAAAGGAUUGGAGAAGUAUGGUGAUCAGAAUGAUGAGGACGGGGAUAUGACUGAUGCCAUUGCUGCUCAGGUGCGUCGUUUGGCCAAUGAAGUUCGGCAGAUAGCGUCAAACAGGUCAAUCACAGUGCUGAAUAAUGGGGGUUCAGGACAAAGUAAUUUAUCAUCUCUUGUGGUUCCAGCAGCUGUUGUCGGUGCUGCAGGCUAUGGCUAUAUGCGGUUCAAGGGCCUUUCAUUCUCCGAUCUUAUGUACGUGACUAAACGUAAUAUGGAAGCUGCUGUUGCCGAUUUGACAAAAAAGCUGCAGCAUGCCUCCGAUGUCAUUGCUGAUGCCAAGAAGCACUUGACCCAGAGAAUUCAAAAUUUGGAUGACAAAAUGCGCAAACAAAAUGAGAAGACACGGUUAAUUCAGGAUGGAGUGUCUGAUGUUCGAAAGACUGUUACUAAUAUACAUGAUGACAUGUGCGACAUGAAACUCAAAGUGGCACAAUUGGAUGGAAGGUUGAAUAAAGUGGGUGAGAAUCAGGAGCUUGCAAAUAUGGGAUUGGACUAUAUUAUUGGGUUUAUACAGGCAAAUACCCGGAGAAUUCCUGACUCUUUACCGGCAACUAUUUCGCAGGAACAACCAAAACUUCCUUGGAGGUCUCCUGGUAUGAUAACUCAUCCAGGAAUCACAUAUCCGGUAACUCCAAAUUUGAUGGGUCUUAAAGACAUUGCAGAAUCACUGUCUAGUUUAGACAGAUCAGCUUCAGAUGCUAUUGUGCAAGGUGGUUUGGAUCAGCGAAAGCCGUUGUUGAGGUGUACUUCGACCAAGUGUUGAUGGCAAGGUCUUAAUAUGACAACUACCAAGCUUUUAAGAGUUUCUUCUCUUAAUUUGCACUUAUUCAGCUGUAACUUUUUGUUUGCACAAAUCAUAAUAUACCUGUUUUGUUUUUUGGAUACAAUCAUAAUAUACCUGUCAAUGAUUGUUAUAGGAGCUGCUGUGAUUUUUAUUUUAUCAUUUAAUUUAUACAUUGUAACAGUUGAACUAAAAGCUUGUUGAUAUUAAAGCUAGUGAAUUAGGAUUUUACGUUGUAAAUAGAAUUGAGUCAUCCAGGAGUUUGGUUUGGUGCUA